AUUUAGUAUGGAAGAAGAUGAAUUCUUUGGAGAAAAAACAUUCCAGCAUUAUUGUGCAGAAUUCAUUAAACACUCACAGAAGAUAGGCGAUGGUUGGGAACGGAGAACUUCGAAGGACUGUUCUGAUGGCUACAUGUGCAAAACACAUUUUCAAAUUAAAAAUGGGACUGCAGUGUCACAUCGAGGAACAUCCACCCACGUACAGACAUGUCUUCCCGUGGAGGAGGCUCUAGAGCCACCCCUGGAUGACUUUGAGCUGACCGAGACCACCACGGCAACUGAAGUGAUUAAAUAUGAGUAUCAUGUCUUAUAUUCCUGUAGCUACCAAGUGCCUGUGCUUUACUUUAGGGCAAGCUUUUUGGAUGGAACCCCUUUAGCUCUGAAGGACACAUGGGAAGGAGUUCAUGAGUGUUAUAAGACGCGGCUGCUGCAGGGACCAUGGGACGCUAUUACCCAACAGGAGCAUCCAAUACUUGGACAACCCUUUUUUGUACUUCAUCCCUGUAAGACGAAUGAAUUCAUGACUCCUGUGUUAAAGAAUUCUCAAAAAAUCAAUAGGAAUGUCAACUACAUCACGUCAUGGCUGAGCACGGUAGGGCCAGCUGUCGGACUGAAUCUGCCUCUGAGUUACGCCAGAGUAGCCUCUCAGGAUGAAGGAAAUGUCAACAGACAAGAUUCUUCUGCUGAGCCAAAGAGCUUAGAAGAACACUGAGAGUUUACGUGGCCAGCCCUGGUUUUUACGGGACCAAUAUGGUGUGAGAUUUCAGCUCACCAAGAUUUUGACGUGGAUUUUUUUCCCCUUGGAAGCAAAUGUCUGCAGCAACUGAUAUAUUCUAUGUUUAGAAGAAACACUGCAAAGACACAAAUCACUAUAUAUAGCAAAAAAAGGAAUCUGACUCGGUAACAGAAACACUGACAUCAUCAGGGCAGUGCCAGGUUAUUCUCUUAUGUCUGAGACUGA